CUUAAACAAACGAGUGAGCUCUGUUUUGACAUGACUAAUUCUCUUAAGUUCUUCCAGGUUUAUGUUGAUGGAACUACAACGAUGUCUGUUCAUGAAAGGAAAGCAAGUAUAAGAGAAUUCUAUGCUAUUAUUUACCCUUCCCUUUUACAACUCGAAAGAGGAGUUACUGAUUCAAAAGAUAAAAGACAGAAAGCUGUAUGCAUGGAAAGAUAUAGAAAAAGAGAUGAUGAUGUUGAUGAUGAUCGGAAUCUGUAUUGAGAUGUUGAUAUUGAAAGAGAAGAAGAAUGUGGAAUUUGUAUGGAGAUGAAUAGUAAGAUUGUUCUACCUAACUGUAAUCAC